AUGUCAAGGCCUUCAUUGAAUCAACGAAAACACAAGUCCAAGCAGUCGUCUAAGCAGAGACGAGAAUUUCAUGCUCAUAAUGAAGAUAACAAAGUGUUGACAAGAAAAGUCCGGAUAAUGUUUAACGACCCCGAUGCUACUGAUUCUUCAUCCUCGAGCGAAGAUGAAACGAUGGAGACUGCACAGUAUGAGAAGAAAAAAUCAUUAAAAAAAUCAAAAAGGUUUGUACAGGAAGUCAUUCAUUCUUUCUUCAUGCAUUCAGGUAGGGCAGUUGGUUGUGAAGCACCACCAGAGACUAGAACGACUAGAACUAGCUCAGGAAGAAAGCGAUUCUCGUCUUCACCUUUCAGAGGUGUAAGGCAAAGAAAAUAUGGUAAAUGGGCUGCUGAGAUUCGAGAUCCUAUCAAAGGUGGCCGACUUUGGUUGGGUACGUACGCCACUGCCGAGGAAGCUUCCCAGGCUUACGAGACCAUGAGGUGUAAGUUCGAUGAAAUUUUGAGGGCCACUACAACCAGUAUUUCUGACAAAAGCAACAAAGAUGACAAGAGUAAUUCUGACCACGAACACCUAUUUCUUUUAAGCAAAGCAACUCCAAUAACAGCUUCCAACUCUGGUGGCAACGGCCUUUUGUUCCAUAAGGGAUCUCCGGUUGAGGUUCUUGAUUUGGGAAAGAAUGCGGAUUCAGACAGGGAAAACAUUGGCACUAAUAAUGUUGGACAACUGCGGAUACCAUUGGACAUGAGUUUCCUGGAUGAAGCAUUGCAGUCUCUCCCCACUGAUCAGCAACAGCUAGACGUCUUCAACUUUGUACCAGAUAAUGAGGAGCUUGACAAACUUGCCUCCUCCAUUGCCUCCUCUUCUUUAGAGGAACUUGGUAAGUAUUUUGACGGAAUGUAUUGUAGCAUUGAUGAUAUAAAGAUAGGUGGAGUUGAUGAUGAUAACCCCACCAAUCUUCCUGACUGUGACGACUUUGACGAUAUUCUAAUAGUUCAAUCUAACUAA